AUGAUCUAUUUCCUGAUAGUUCUGACGGUACUCAACGGCCGUAGUCUGACUGAGCUGAAGAUGGGUCCUCCAGAGACCAUCUUACACGUGCUGAAAGUCGGCUGGGCAAUGGCGCCCCAAUUUUGUCCUAACCAGCUGCUGACGAAAUUAACGUUGCUUUUGUUCUACUAUCGCAUCUUCUGGAUUCACAAGGGCUUUGUCCGCUGUCUUUGGUGCAUCGGUAUCCUCACAAUUCUAUGGUCCUUCUCGGUCUAUCUUGUCAAGUGGAUGAUGUGUUGGCCAGUGACAUAUAUCUGGGACAAGACUUUGCCUGGUGGGAAAUGCAUUAAGAUGCCUAUAUUCUUUGCUGUCAACGAGAGCGCCAACUCUGUGAUUGACUUCGUGAUGAUCGCUUUAGCGAUUCGGAUCGUUACUACCCUUCAGAUGAGCCUCUAUGAGAAGAUCAGGCUUAGCAUCUUAUUCUCGGUUGGCAGCUUAUCUGGUAUCGUUGGUUUCAUCAAGAUUGCGGAAGCAUACUCUACAGCAUACACGAGUGUUCUGGACCCUAUUUGGGACAUUACGCAGAUGGCAACCAGUAUCAUAUGCUGUUGUGCGCCAACGUUUCCUUCUGUGUUUGCUGGUUUCAAGUGGCACAGAGCGGUAUCGUCAUUCCUGUCGUCCUUACGGUCGUUGAAGGAGAGGUCUAGUGCCAAUAGGGACCGGAGCGAUGGUGAUCCGCGGGUGCCAAAGGAUGUAAGCUGCCCAAGCCAUGCGAACACACGGGUUCCCGAGUCUGCGGUCAACCAGAUGAGCGAUCGUCCAUGUGAUGGGUAUGAAGUCGCCAACACAGGCCAUGGCAACGGUGGAUCGUGGGUGCCGGGGAGCAUGACACAGCCGAGCUUCGCAUGGGCGCAGCUUCCGGUGGUGUAUCAAGCCGACGGUCAGCCAUCGUAUGGUUAUGGAUAUGUCAACGCAGAUCCAAGGAAUGGUGUAUUCUGGGUGCCGAUGAACUUCAGCCAACAAAACCCAGCUUCGACACCGGCUGCUGCGGCAUAUCUUCCGAAUGGUCCACCAUCUGAUGGGUAUCGGUCUGACACUGGGUCACACCAGAUGGCAUCCCACCACAUGUCUUCAACUGAUGUCCUCAAUCCACCCUACCAGAUAGAAGUGAUCUAUGUGCCGCAAGCCACUCAGUAUAGAUGAGGAAAAUAGCGGUAUCACGAAGCCGAAAACUUAGGAUGAUCGCGAACCUUGCUUUGUGGAGUUGUGGUCUAUUCAAUUCGAUGUUCACUCCCUGCGCAUUGAAAUUCUGCCUGGUAGAUGUGAUAGGUUGUCAUGAAAUGACAGUAAUUUGGGCCUUUCUUCACGUCGGAGGACUGAAGAGACCUAUGUGUCUGGUGAUUUAGCACAGGUGGUAUUACAGUUGGCUGCCGUCUGAGUGAAGAACCUUUUGGGACGGGAAAUCUGACUAGAGACACAGUGUGCAAGUGAACAAUUUUAUUAUCUAAUAGAGGCGCUCGUUGUACUUUUGAAGAUGCCUUGAAAGAAUGACUGCCGGUGGUGUGCAGAGAAACCUGCGUCUUCAGGGUCUCACCUCUAUAAGCAUUCGGUCUUUCGCGGGGAUUUCAUGGGCUCGAAGACCUGUUAG